UAACAGAUGUGACAUGAAUAGGUUGAUUCAUUUAUCCAACAAGUACAUGAAGCUUGGAAUCCAAAAGUAUAAAAGUAAACCCCUCUUCAAUCAAAGAUCAUAAACUACAAGCCUCUUCAAGUGUUCAGAUCCUUGCGAAAGUAAAGUCUCUUCUCAGACAUGAAUUUCAAACUCGCUUUGGCACUCCUGACUUUGUUGGUCGUGGCUCAAGUCAGCCUGGCUCAAAAGAAAGGCAAGGGCAAGGGCAAGGGCAAAGGAAAAGGCUCCGGUGAAGAUGGCAGCAAUGAGGUCAUGCCAGGAUUUGGUGGCAGCAUCGAGGGAAGUGACAUAGAGAGCAACGAAGAAGGAAGUGGCUCCGAAAGCGAAGAAGGGAGCAGCAGUGAAGAGGGCAAAGGAAAAGGAAAAAAAGGAAAGGGAAAGAAAGGAAAAGGAAAGGGAAAGAGUUCUGAAGAAGAGGAAGACAAUAUGUGAAACAACAAAUCUUAUUCUUAAUUGAAAUAGAUGCUUUAAUUGUCAUGGAAAAUAAAUAUUGCUCAGAAUAUA